AUGCUGGGGCGGUACACUCGUCGGUGCGCUUCGAGUCAAAACCGAGGCAAGAACAGCUCCGAAUUGAUCGCGAUCGAGUUGGGUCAAGAGGAUGCUCUGUCGGGAUCGCUCACCUACAAAAAGGACUUUGGUGUGCUCCAUUAUCCUGCGACUCGAGCAUCAACUCCCGAGCACGGGCAAAAAAGUGCAGGGAAACGGCAAUCGUCGGUGCCGGACCAGCCUCACCCGAUCCACCAUCUCAUGCAACGAGCCGAGCAAGAAUGGAACGAAAAGGUCGCUCGACAGAGCCGAUCCUUCGCCGAAGCGAUCGCCAAGUACCACCAUCGGUACGACCAACCUCCUCCAAAAGGGUUUGAGGUGUGGUACGCGUUCGCGGUCGAGAACAAUGUGCAGAUGAUCGACGAAUACGAUUCGAUCUACGAGAAGAUCCUUCCCUUUGCGGCGAUCCCUCAACAUGUCUUGAAGGCUCGGGCGGACAUGUCGCAGAAUCGCGAGGAGUUUUGGUUGCAGCACCAUGGAAUCACGAUCAACAUCGAGAAUAUGGGCAAGAAUGUCACCGCUCGUGGGCCGAUGAUGGAGAGCUCAAAGCAUCGAGUCGACGAGGUGAUGAAGCUGAUCAAGGAUAUCGUGCCUUUGUUGCCGAGGGAUGUCAACUUCACCUUCACGGGUGAGUGAAAAUGCCACAUGAAAAUUCUUACAGACCGUACACUGACCCAAUCAUGUUCGUUUGGCCAGGCCACGACAUUCCCUGGAUCGUCGUCGGUGGCGAGCAGAAGCAGAAGCACAUUGCGGCUGCUAUUGAGAAGCGAUGUGAGUCUUUUAAGGUUUUGAGCAGCCUUACCUUCUCCUGUUACUAAGCAAUAAUUCCCGUUCUUAAAAUAUCUCAGGAACAUGGAUCUAGAAGACUUCGGGGACGAUCGACGCCGCGGCGGGUGGGCGUCGAUGUGUCCCCCUGGCUCGCCCCUGCGAAGAGCAACCCCUUUCGACGCGCGAAUGGAGUGGAAGCCGCCGUCGGGUCUGACAUUGAUCGAGAAUCACAUCGAUUCCAUGGACGUGUGUCAUCAUCCCGAAAAUCAAGGGCUUCAUGGGUUCACUGCCUGGUACGUAGUCAAUCUAUGCAUUAACAGCACUUAUGUUGCCGUUGCUGACCUCCUGCUUUCGACCGCGGAUCAGGGAUGGCCCAAGACCGGCCUUGUUCUUCCCCAUGUUCUCCUUCACCUCCUCCCACCUCCACAAUGAUCUCCUCCUACCCGCUUUAGAGCAGUAUGGACGACCAGUUGGUCCUGAUCCGAUUUGGAGCAAGAAGAAGAAGAACGAGCUUUGUGGCGAGGGUCGAUAACGGGGUCCGCUCUCUCGAUUGACCAUAUGCGCAAAUGGAGUCAAAGACCGCGACUGGUCAAAAGCCAGUAGUUUGAUACGUGACGAGGGUGACGACGUUUCGAUAAACGGAGCUGAAGUCCGACUCUCCUUGUGCUAUUACUGAAGUGGGCCGAACGAACGAGAACAUCACCGUCGCCGUAUCCGUAUCCGUCGACGAUAAACCCAACCAACCGGGAAACCUCACCCUCCACUCGGCUCCCGCCUCAAGCUGGGCCAAGCACUAUUUCGACUUCCAGUUCUCUGGCUGCGCUCAACAAUGUGGUACACAAGCGAUGUGUCGCUCUUUCGAGGCUGAACAUCGGUGGGAUGCGUAUAUGAGUGAGGCGCAGCAGAAUGAGUACAAGUACGUUUUGGACGUGGAUGGGAAUGGUUGGAGUGGGAGGUUUCAUCGGUGAGUGGAACGAGUCUGAUCAUACAUUACUCGAAGCGUUUGCUGAACAAGGAAUGGACUGACGAACUCACCGUUCUGAGUUUAGUCUGAUGGCAAGCAACAGCCUCGUCCUUAAAUCGACCAUCUUCCCCGAAUGGUACGCCGAACGCAUCCAGCCCUGGUACCACUACGUACCCGUGAACGUCGACCACCAAGAUCUGUACUCUAUUAUGGCGUUCUUCAAGGGUGAUCUGGAAGGGAAGGGUGGGCAUGAUGUGUCGACGGAGCAGAUUGCGAUGCAGGGGAAGGAGUGGACGGAAGGGCAUUGGAGAUGGGUUGAUAUGCAGGCUUGUGAGUCUUCCAACGUUGGGCAUGGGGGGGCGUGACAACUAGGUAAAGUUGAGCUGAUUAUUUCUUGCUGUCGUCUCGUACUGUAGACCUGCUUCGACUGCUGCUCGAGGUGAGCAGUUCAGGUGCUGCCGACUUGCGCCAAGAUCUGCGGCAAGUGAAUCAUCAACUGAACAUGAUACUGAUGUGCUUCUUGUACAGUACCGAGCGAUGGAACGACCCGAACGACUACCAUAA